CUCGACUAAUACUUUUGAGGGCCCUCAAAUAACAUUGUUCUAGAGCCUUGGACUUAUUUUUUUUGGGUGGCCUUUUGAUUGAACGGGGCUCUGCGCUUCCAGCCUAUUUAGACCAAUCCUAAAUCCGCCACUGUAUUUUAGCUAAAUUGGUAUAAAAAGGUGACAUUUUUAUUUUAAUUUAAUAUUGCCUUUGCACGAUGAAGGUUACGAUGUUUGCAAUUAUUGUCCUUUUUGGCAUCCUAGAAGUCCUUGCUAUUGGCCCAAAAGACUGUUUUAGACCUAACGAAGUUUAUUACUGUGGCGGAGCUUGUCAAAUUACAUGCUACAACUACAACAAAAUUUGUCCAAUAAUAAAUGUAAGAUGUAACGACAUGUGUUAUUGCAUCAAAAAUUACGCUAGGGAUCAAACUGGAACGUGUGUCCACAUUAAAUAUUGUAAAGACAGAUUGAACGGUAAAUGUGGUGAUCAUGAAGAAUACAGACUUGAUUUUUACUUGAACAAUGAAUGCUACAUUCAGAAGCUUACAGAAAUUGAAGUUUCCAAGCGAAAAGUCUUAGGAUGUUUCUGUAUUAAAGGAUAUAAAAGAGAUCCGUCUGGGAAAUGUAUUCCAGCAGCAAAAUGCCCAAUUCAACCGCCUCCAAAGUAUCCACAAAGUUCAAUUCCAUUUUACAAGUUUUGAUUUUGUACCAUUAUGAAUAAAAUAAUAUUUCUAUUCAUUUAUACCGUAAUCCAAUUCAAAUUAUUCAAUUAUACAGUUUUCACAUUUUUUUCAGCAUUUAUAGAGUACAAUUUUUGAUUUUAUUCAGUAGUUACAUCAUUAUUUCUCUUAUAUA